AACACAACCCGGAAGUAGAAUGGUCUCAGGCUCCGAGCUUGACCAACGUCGGAGGCUGCUUCAGCCUACAGGGGAGGGAGACGCUUGUCUAUUUAAAGAGUCACACUGCAAGCUCGGAUAAAAUAAUAAUAACACACAAGCUCCACGGAGCUCUGUAUUCGCCUCCCAAAUGUUCUCUCACAUCCGACUCAGUGGACGUUAGUCCGGACUGAAGAAGCAAGCCUUCCCGGCCACCAGAACCAGCUGCCCAUUUCUCCUCUCUACCUUUUCAUCGACGAGGCUUUGGGGCUAAAGGCAAAAAAAAAACAACGAUGGGCAAAGAUUAUUAUAAAACGCUGGGCAUCAAUCAAGGAGCCACAGAAGACGACAUUAAGAAAGCGUACAGAAAGCAGGCGUUGAAAUGGCAUCCAGACAAGAACAAGUCUGCGGCCGCCGAGGAUAAAUUUAAGGAGAUCGCCGAGGCUUACGAGGUCCUGAGCGACCCAAAGAAAAGGGACAUUUAUGAUCAACACGGAGAAGAAGGUCUCAAGGGAGGAAGUGGUCCUCCUGGUGACGGACAAGGCAACAACUUCACGUAUACCUUCCAUGGGGAUCCUCACGCCACUUUCGCGACAUUCUUUGGGGGCUCAAACCCCUUUGAGAUGUUCUUCGGGCGCAAGGCCAAUGGGCGUGAUGAUGAAGACAUGGAGGUGGAUGGAAACGAUCCCUUCGGCUCCUUCACCAGUUUCAACAUGAACGGAUUCCCUCGGGAUGGACACGGCGGCCUGGGAGGACAGCAACAGCAGCAGCCACGGCGCAAGCAAGACCCCGCCAUCAUCCACGAACUGAGGGUCACCCUGGAGGAGGUCUUCCACGGCUGCACCAAGAGGAUGAAGAUCUCUCGCAAAAGGCUAAACCCGGACGGCAGAACCAUGCGCACGGAGGAUAAGAUCCUCACUAUUGAGAUCAAGCGCGGGUGGAAGGAAGGAACUAAGAUCACUUUCCCACGGGAGGGAGACGAGUCCCCCAGCACCAUCCCAGCUGACAUCGUUUUUGUCAUCAAGGACAAACCCCACCCUCACUUCAGGCGGGAAGGCUCCAACAUUGUGUAUCCUGUCCGUGUGAGCCUGCGACAGUCGCUGUGCGGAUGCUCCGUUACCGUGUCAACGAUAGACGGCAACACGUGCAACAUGAAGAUCACGGAUGUGGUCAAGCCUGGCAUGAGAAAGACUGUGACAGGCCAAGGCCUGCCUUUGCCCAAAAACCCGGAGCAGAGAGGAGACCUGGUGGUGGAGUUUGAUGUGAACUUUCCCGAAACGUUGCCCGGCAAUGCCAAGGAUGUCCUGAAGCGGCAUUUACCGGCAUAGAGCCAAGCAGCGAGGUGCGGACGCCCACCUUGAUAGAUGUGCAAUAUCGACACUCUUUUUGGGUGUUUUUAUAAAUCCCAUGCAUGCUGCCAAGACUUUGUACGUACGCCGAUACGAAUCCUGGUGAAACCCAGAAAUGUGCCGUGCCAAAAUCAAUCAAAACGAUCUCCUGCUUUCUUUAAGACGUGACAGCCGUUAUUGCCGACCAGCUUUACUUUGACUUAUCAAGCAACAUUUGGUUCUGCUGUGUGUCUGCGUUUAGAAAUGACCUUGUAAAGCUUGACUUUGAAAAUAAAUAUUUCCAUAUUAACU